AUGAGUAAGCGGUCGGCCAAGGCGUCGGCCAGCAGUGCGCGCGCUGCGUCGACGUUCGGCAGCGCCCCCGCGUUUGGUGGGAGCUUUGGAGGCAGCGCAUCGCAGCUGUCAUACGUCGCAGAGCCGCCCAACCUGUCGGCGAUAUCAGACCCCAAUGUCGUCGUCUUCUUCCGCAACCUGUCCAAGAAGGACAGCACCACCAAGGCGAAGGCGCUCGAGGACCUUCAGACACACAUUGUCGCGCUGCAGGCGCCGGUAGAGGAGGGCGUGUUGGACGCAUGGAUCACCGUGUACCCGCGCACCUCGAUAGACAAUGCCAAGGCCGUCCGCCAGCUGUCCCACACGGUCCAUGGCCUCAUGGCCGUGUCUGCCGGCAAGCGCAUUGCUCGCCACAUGUCGAGGAGCGUCGCAGCAUGGCUGUGCGGCCUCUACGACGGCGACCGCGCCGUGGUCGAAGCCACCCAGAAUGCCCUGCGCCAGGUCUUCGCCACGCCCGAGAAGAUCCAGAAUAUUCGCAAAGCCUACCAGCAGCCCAUACUGGAGUACUGCCGCGAUGCCGUCGACAAGGAGAGCCCCACCACACUCAGCGACGAGCGCACCGUCAGCGCAGACGAUGCCCAGGCCAAGUACAGCCGCGUCAUGUCCGCGUGCAUAGCCUUGCUGGCCAGUCUGCUGGCCAACCUGGCGCCCGAGGAACUGUCCAAGUUCCAGGCCGACUACGACACAUUACUCAGCGACAAGAAGCUCUGGGAUUUUGCGUCACAUGUCGAUGUCUCGAUACGGCGCUCGCUGCACCGACUGCUCAAGACGUGCCUGACUAAGCAGCCAGAUGCCGCGAGUGCGAACUUGGAGACCAUCAGCAAAGCCUACCUCUCGGUGGCCCUCAACUCCGACCAGACUGGCUCCGCGUACGACUUCCUCGAAGCUUUGAUUCAGCUGACCACAGCCCACCCAACCGCGUGGACCGAGCACUACAAGAGCAAGACAUCGGUCGACAGGCGAUUGCGCCAGUUCUUGAAGAAGGGCUCUCAAUUCGGCCCACAAGACUACUGGAACCGCUUGGUCGAUCUCUUCAAGGCGCUCCCUGGCGAGGUUCUGCCCUGCCAGGCGCCCGAUGCUGUAGAUCUUCUGAGUGCUCUCCAGGCUGGCAUCGCUGGUAAGAAUGAACCGAAAUACAACCAGGAUGCAGCAUAUACUGCAUAUUUCGAUGUCCUGGCUACGGUCAACGCACGAUUGUCGGCAGGCGACAGCGAGACAUUCGUUCAAAAAGUGGUCUUGCCCAUGAUAAGCCAAUACUUGCGACCCUCGCUAGAAACUUCGCAAUGGAGCUUGCCGUCAAACGCAACUGGCCUUCUUACCAAAGCCUUGGCGAUCGAUGGUGUUACUAGUGCGCUUUCUGGACAAUGGCCACAAUAUGCACAACAACUUGUCAACGACAUCAGGACAUCUGCUCCUGAGCAGUCCAAGGACUAUGAAAAGUCUCAAACCGCUGUGCUGCAGCACGGGACACGGUAUGCAACACUGCAAGAGCAUGCUCUCAAGGAAGGCACAGCAUCGCAGUUGGCACAAUCGAUUAGGAGUGCAGAGUCUUCCAUUAUCACCGAGGCUUUGGCUGUAGUCAAGAACAGAAAUGGAAAGCCGUAUGGUGCUGCUGGCACGAUUGCGGCACUUUUAUCCCGUGGUUCAAACUUGGCGAAAGCGCCUGUCGAUCAGCAAUUGGGACAGUUCAUCCACGAUGAUCUGCCUACCAUCAUCCUGUCACCAUCAUCGACGCAGCUGGUGAGCAUUCUGUACUCGUUCGCGGAGUCAACUGUCUUCAAGAGCGCCUGGAGUGCGACACUCAAGGCGAUCUUGAAGGAAGGCGACUCCCCAGCCAAGAUGAAUGCGCUCGAAGCCUUGCUUACAUCUCCGAAAAUUCCAGAGUCGUUCGAUCUGGCCAGCUCUGAUGCCGAGUUGCAGAGCUUCGUCAAGUCAAGUGUGAACGACGCUGUUGAGGGUUCGUUAGAGUGGGAUUCAUUCACGCGCAUUUUACAAUCGCAAGCGAAGAUCUUGGCUCCAGAGACCACUGAUGACGUACUUGCGUACCUAACACAGUCGCUUUCGAUAUCGCAACAUGCGUUCUACUCGCUGCAAGGUCUACGCCAAAUCGUAAAAUCAAAUCCGUCUAUGUUGAGAGAAUUCGCUGCCACACCGAAAGGUGGAGAACUCCUUCAAGCUUUGUUGCGCGCUUCUGAGUCGCCGAACGACGAAAUUGCUCAAGGCGCAGCCACCGUCAGUGCAUCUAUACGGACAGUACUUGCAUCCGAUACAGGCACACAACACUCAAUGCACGAUCUCAUCCACCAAGGACUACGAGAGGCAACACCAUCAUCAGUAUCUAUCGAGACUCUGGUGGAUCUGGCUAAACAAUCUUUCAAGUCUAGCGAAACCUGGGAGACGAAUGCGAACUUGUUUCCCAGCAUCGAGGAUUGGGACGCAGCCCUGACUCCAUUCCUAGCUUCUGUACCGAAAUCUGCGCUUGCGAUUACCAAUUCACUUGGUGGUGCAACCUACCUGGUAGAGCCAUCCUUAGCAUCCGCUGACACGAGGAAGAUCAGCCGCGAUGCAGAUGGCUACUCAGCAGCAUAUCGCAUUGCACAGUAUGUAGCAAAGCUGUCUAGAACCCCACAAGCCAGGGUGCAAAGCGCACCACUUCAGGUGCGAAAUGCCUACUUGCGAAACAUCGCUCUUACGGUCCAGUUGGUAGAGGACAACCUGGGCCUCGCAGGUGCUAACGGCCUCUGGACGGGCUACAACGCUGAUGUGGAGAACGACGCGAUGGUUUUCAAAUCUGAUGCUCAGGAAUUCAUCACACAAGAAAUAACACGAGUACACGGAUCGAUGUCUUCGCUUUCUGAGAACAACGACAAAGACUCAUUGCUGACUUGGGCAAGGGAUCUCCUUGGUCGGAUUGACGCGAGCAGCUCAACUCAAGUUUACUACGCCGCACGUGCCUACAGUACUCUGGUCUCUGAUGCCAUCAUGUUGCAUGGGUGGACGAACUCCUGGACUGUCCAGAUCCAAGAUGCUUUGAAAACCAUCAGAAAGAACAAGCAAGUCAUCCCUCUUCUUGCUUACUUGAAUGCGUUCAGGGAACCACUUGCAGCAUCAAAAUCUUGCGAGCGCAUGUGCAGUGAAAUUGUCGCCGACCUGACUGGUCUCGACAUUGACGAAAAGCCGCAGGAGAGUCUCAGCCAGCUUGUAGUUCUCAACACAGUGCUCUCUCAGGAUGGUAUUGCAGAGACCAUUGCCAAGCAGCGUCUCAUCUUCUUUGUCAAGCAAAUCGUACCGUGGCUUGACAGGACACACGGGUCACUAGAAAUCAGGGCAGAGGUCUGUCGUGCAUUGACGGUCUUGCUCCCGCUAAUGAGCGACCUGUACGGUGAGCACUGGGGUGACAUUCUGAACGCACUCUCUUCAGCCUGGUCUCGCACCAAUGAGCUCCAAGACGCCGAGAUUGCGUCAAGUAGUCCAAUUUCUUUCACUCAUGCAUCCUUGAAGCUCUAUGCACAGCUGCGCACACUAACCCAGAUUGAGGAUCCCAACGACGACCUCAUCGAGGUUUGGGAAGAGACGGAGCAGUCGAUUGCCGCAGGUCUCAUCAACUUGCUCAAACACUCACAACAUUUCCCGGAUGAGUUCCAUCAGCCUCUAAGGAUGGUGAAUGAUGUGCUUGCACGCCAGAUCGCGAAGGUGCCACUGGAGCAUCUUGACUCCGCAGACGAGCUCUACCCAUUUCUAUACGUAGAAUCGCAGCCGGUCCAGCUGACUGCUUUCAACAUUUUGCACAAGCAGAUUCCUGCGGCCCAAGAGCAGAUCUCGAUCGAUGCGGCACUCUCCAAAUCCACAGCUCGCUUCCCAGAAGAGCUACUGUCGUUGAUUAUUGAAUCACCGACAGUCGCUGCUUUGGCUGAGGUCAAUUUCGAGCGCAAUGUUCCGUUGUCUUUGAGGGGGUAUCUGCUGAGUUGGCUGCUUGUUUUCGACCAUCUCGAGCAUGCUUCUUUCAAAGUCAAGAACGACUAUAUCGAACACAUCAAAGAGGGCGAAUUUCUGCCUGGAUUGCUCGACUUUACCUUCGACUUCCUCGGCCACGCCCACAACAAGCCCGUCGAUGUCUCUAAACUUGACAUCACAAAGUAUGAGCCCGAUGUCGAGCUUCCAAAGCAAGACACACAGUGGCUGCUCACACAUCUUUACUACCUCACACUCCUGCACAUGCCGUCCCUUACGAAAUCCUGGUUCAACGCGCUCACCUCCCGCUCCCGGGCCAUCGCUGUUACCCUUGAACCCUGGACCGAAAAGAACAUCUCACCUCCUGUCAUUACCGCUGCGCUCGAUAGCGUAACAACAUGGUCCGGCACGGCCACUGACGACACUUUCAGUAUUCGUGUAGCGCCGCGCGCACGCGAGAUCACGGCGAGCUAUAUACUCGACGAGCAAACCAUGAGCAUGCGCAUAUCACUCCCUCUCGCCUUUCCACUGGCAAAUGCGCACAUCGAAGGGCUGAACCGCGUUGCUGUCAACGAGCAGAAGUGGCAGUCCUGGCUGCGUACCUCCCUGGGCGCGAUUACGAUUUUUAAUGGCAGCCUCAUUGAUGCGCUGAGCACGUGGAGAAGGAACGUCGAAGGUGCACUGAAGGGCCAGACGGAGUGUGCGAUCUGUUACAGUAUUGUGGGGCCCGACAGAAAGGUGCCUGACAAGCGAUGUGGUACAUGCAGGAACGCGUUCCACGGUGCGUGUUUAUUCAAGUGGUUCAAGUCAAGUGGAAGCUCGAGUUGUCCGCUGUGCCGAAACCCUUUCAACUAUGGAUAG